UCCGCACAUCAGCAGCGGAGCUCCUCUCUCUCAGUCAGACGGACUUCAGGCCAGGCAGAGGCAGCGCGUCCGCCCGGAGAGAGACCACACACCGCAUAGCGCUACUCCCGGCUCGACCCCAAACACAACCACGGUCUUUCCACGUGGAUGUCUCUUCUUACACCGCCUUUUGACACUGGACGUUGCUCUUGUGGCCGCAGUGAACGCGAUAAACACCUCUCCCCCGGCUUGGUUUUUGAGGUUUGUCUCGACGACACACUGAGAGGACCACACUCCCCCCCAUCGUUAGCUCGCUAAGCUAGCUAGCCCGCUAACUUAGCUGUGAUACUUUGAACCGUCGGUUUUCUUCCUCCUAGCUAGCCCGCCGUGGAUUGAGGUGCCCUCUCCUACUAGGAGCAUGUUUGAGUGACGAGCCGAGGAGGAAGUGGGAUCUCUGACGCUCCGCCCUCUCUGCUGGUGGAGCGCCCUGCACAUCUGACCAGAGACCCCUAUAGGCACUUGGACAGGAUGCGGAGGUUCGCCUACUGUAAGGUGGUUUUGGCCACCUCCCUGGUGUGGGUGAUGCUGGACAUGUUCAUUCUGCUCUACUUCAGCGAGUGCAACAAGUGUGACGAGAAAAAGGAGAGAGGACUGCCCGGGAGAGAAGAUUCCCUGGCCAGGCCGCGGGACGGGCCCGGUGAAGGUGGAAAGCCUGUGGUGAUCCCCAAGGAGAACCAGGAGAAGAUGAAGGAGAUGUUUAAGAUCAACCAGUUCAACCUCAUGGCCUCGGAGAUGAUUGCUCUCAAUCGGACUCUGCCUGACGUCCGCCUGGAAGGGUGCAAAAACAAGUUAUAUCCUGAUAAUCUUCCUCGUACCAGCGUGGUGAUUGUAUUUCACAAUGAGGCGUGGAGCACUCUGCUGCGGACCGUCCACUCUGUCAUUGACCGCUCUCCACACACGCUGCUGGAGGAGAUUGUCCUGGUAGAUGAUGCAAGCGAGAGAGAUUUCCUAAAGCGGCCGUUGGAGCAGUAUGUCAGAAGGCUGGAAGUCCCUGUCAGAGUGGUGAGGAUGGACCAGCGGUCUGGACUUAUUCGUGCUCGCCUCAAGGGAGCGUCCAUCUCCACUGGCCAGGUCAUUACCUUCCUGGAUGCUCAUUGUGAAUGCACAACAGGGUGGCUGGAGCCUCUGCUCGCCCGCAUCAAGCAAGACAAGAGAACGGUGGUGUGCCCCAUCAUCGAUGUGAUCAGCGAUGACACGUUCGAGUACAUGGCAGGGUCCGACAUGACGUAUGGGGGCUUCAACUGGAAGCUCAACUUCCGCUGGUACCCUGUACCCCAGAGAGAGAUGGACCGCCGCAAAGGAGACCGCACUUUGCCUGUCAGGACUCCCACCAUGGCAGGCGGCUUGUUCUCCAUAGACAGAGAUUAUUUCCAGGAGAUCGGCACGUAUGACGCAGGCAUGGACAUCUGGGGUGGAGAGAACCUGGAAAUCUCUUUCAGAAUUUGGCAAUGCGGCGGGACUCUAGAGAUUGUCACAUGCUCUCAUGUUGGACACGUGUUCAGAAAGGCAACACCCUACACGUUCCCUGGAGGAACGGGACAGAUCAUCAACAAAAACAACCGACGCCUGGCAGAAGUCUGGAUGGAUGAAUUUAAAAACUUCUUCUAUAUCAUCUCUCCUGGUGUGACCAAAGUGGACUACGGUGACAUCACGUCUCGCACUGCUCUUAGACAAAAGCUUCAAUGUAAACCCUUCAGUUGGUACUUGGAGAACGUCUACCCUGACUCUCAGAUCCCUCGACACUAUUACUCGCUGGGAGAGAUCCGUAACGUGGAGACUAAUCAGUGCCUGGACAACAUGGCCCGCAAGGAGAAUGAGAAAGUUGGCAUUUUCAACUGCCACGGCAUGGGAGGCAACCAGGUUUUCUCCUACACGGCCAACAAGGAGAUCAGGACGGACGACUUGUGUCUAGACGUGUCCAAACUAAACGGACCGGUCAUGAUGCUUAAGUGCCAUCACCUCAAAGGCAACCAGCUCUGGGAGUACGACCCUGUGAAGCUGACCCUGGUCCACGUCAACAGCAACCAGUGCCUGGACAAGGCCAGCGAGGAGGACAGCCAGGUGCCCAGCGUCAAAGACUGCACACACACACGCUCCCAACAGUGGCUACUCCGCAACGUCACACUACCCGAAGUCUUCUGACCACACUCCGCACACUCACAAACGCACACACUCACACACACAGCGGCCCAGAGUAAGCAAUCAGGGGAACAGACGUGUUUUUCAAAAUUGGGCACAAGGAACGGAAAGACUUCCCACGUGGGGAUUCGGGAAGAGCGGAGGACAGAUCGGACGGUACUACCUCUGCCGGAGAUCAGAGGGAGGAGUGUGUUUGACCCUCCUCGCAAUGAGAAAAGAGGAAAGACUCCCUCUAGGAGACGGUGGCUGUUGUUUUACGUUUGUUUGUUGUUUUUUUAAAAAAAGAGAUUUUAACCGCAGAGAGUGACUCGCUCGCUGGGCGCAAAGACUGACCGGUGGAGUCGAGGUUUGCACUCACAGCUUCCCCGGACGAAGCAGUCCACCCCUCAACUCAUCACUUAACGUUUACUGACUGCCUCUUAUGAGAGUGUGUGCACUUACAUGUUCGUGUGUGUGUGUGUGUGUGUGUGUGUGUGUGUGUGUGUGUGUGUGUGUGUGUGUGUGUGUGUGUGUGUGUGUGUGUGUGUGUGUGUGUGUGUGUGUGUGUGAGACAGAGAGAGAGAGACUGGGUGUGUGUACUCAGAGAUGAAUGUAUGCUUUGAGACGGGGGCUGAAUUACAUGUUGAUUUCUCCUUUUUUUAUUUAAUUUUGUAACAGAUUUUGAACAUGUACUCCUAUGAAGAAGGGUGCAUGUGUAAGUGUGUGUGAGUGGGACUGUCGUGUGGUUGUGUGUGGUUGUGUGUGUGUGUCAGAGCCCCUCCUACAGUCUUGCAGCAGUGUAUGUCUCCCUCUGGUGUUCCUCCUCGACAUUUCAUCCUGCAGACUGAAGCCUCCUUGUAGAGGAAUUUCCAAGGGACCGCACAUAAAAAAUA